UUUUUCUCAUUUUCUUUUGAUUUUUUUUUCUUUCUUUCCUUCGCUUUCUUAUCGAUAUAUAAAGAACUGCUCUUUCUCGUUUUUUCUGUUUCCUUCUUUCUCUGUUUUAUAUCCCUGAUUCCCAUUUUCUCUUGCAUUUCUCUUUAUAACUCUCUAUUUCCCGUUACAUAUCGUUAUCAAUCACUACUAACAUAUACCAAUCACUAUUCCCUUUUCCCACUUUCUUUUCCACUUUCUUUCCCAGUCUUUCCUACUAUAAUGAACACAAUUUAUCAUAAUAGAACCUCGUCUGCUGCGAGUGAUGUUGAUCCCUUCUCAAUUCCUGAUGUUUAUUACGGCCCCAAAACUGAUCCAUCCAGAUCAAGGCUAAAUAGAGUCAGAACCUUUUCUGUCCACACUGUCAAACCACUCAAGUUCUCUUCAUCUAAUAAUAACAAUUCCUCAAUUAGCUCUGCUGCCACCAGCUCUUCCAGCUCUACUUCCUCAAACUCUUCUCCCUUCAAUUUCAACUUCAAACUCAAAAGAAGAUCAAGUCAAGAUGAAAGGACCGUUGUUAAUCGAAAAUUCCUUAUCACAAACAUUGACGCAACUUUAAAACAACUAUUGGAAAACGAAGACACAGACAAAAACUAUCAAAUCACUAUUGAAGAUACCGGCCCAAAAGUCCUCAAAUUAGGUACCGCCAACUCUAAUGGCUUCAAUAAAUUCGAUAUCAGAGGCACUUACAUGUUGUCAAACUUGUUACAAGAAUUAACCAUUGCUAAAAGAUUCGGUAGGGUUCAAAUGAUCUUGGAUGAGUCAAGACUAAACGAAAACCCAGUAAAAAGAUUAACAAGAAUGAUCAGAACACAAUUUUGGAAAGCUCUCACAAGACAAUUGGACAAUAACAAUAUCGCUGCAAUGGCCAAUGACACCAAAAUCGAUACCCCAGAGGCAAAGCUUCCAAGGCUUUAUAUUCCUCACUCUUGCCACGACCAAUUCCAAUUCUUUUCGGAAAUUGCUGAUUCAAAUCCCCAUUUCAACUUGCAAGUCGAAUACUUGCCUGAAUUUAUUACCCCAGAAUACGUCAAAUCAAUCAACCAUAAACCUGGUUUACUAGCCCUAGCUAUGAGAAAAGUUUACGAUCCAAAUACUGAUUCAUUCACCCUAAAAAGUUGGCCCUAUGUAGUUCCGGGUGGUAGAUUCAAUGAACUAUACGGCUGGGACUCUUAUAUGAUUGCUCUUGGUCUCUUAAUCGACAACAAAAUAGAACUAGCUAGAGGCAUGGUUGAAAACUUCAUCUUUGAAAUACAACACUAUGGCAAAAUCUUAAACGCAAAUAGAUCCUACUACCUUUGUCGUUCUCAACCCCCAUUUCUAACUGACAUGGCCAUAAAAGUUUACCAUAAAUUAAUUGAAACAGGCAACGAUUCAAUUGAAUCCCUAGACUUUCUAAAAAGAUCCUUAAAUGCUUCAAUAAAGGAAUACAACACUGUCUGGUGCUGUGCCCCAAGACUAGACCCCAAAACUGGUUUAUCAAGAUACAGACCUGAUGGUUUAGGUAUCCCCCCAGAAACUGAAUCAACUCAUUUCCACUCAAUCUUGAAACCUUAUGCUCAAAAACACAACUGCUCAAUCGAUGAAUUUCAAUCACUAUAUAAUAGCUUAAAGAUCCACGAACCAGAUUUAGAUGAAUAUUUCCUCAACGAUAGAGCCGUCAGAGAAUCCGGUCAUGAUACAAGUUAUAGACUAGAAGGUAGAUGUGCAAACUUGGCUACCGUCGAUUUAAAUGCUCUAUUAUACAAAUAUGAAAUCGAUAUUGCCACCUUGAUCAAAAACGUCUUUAAUGACUCCUUUUUAAACUAUGAAAAUAAAUUUGAAUCUUCCCAAAUUUGGCUUCAAAGAGCUCAAAUCAGAAAAACUGCUAUGAACAAAUACUUGUGGAAUGAAUCAAAGGGCAUCUUUUAUGAUUAUGAUACAAUCCUAGAAAAACAAUCAGACUACGAUUCCGCUACUACUUUUUGGACUAUGUGGUCCGGUCAAGCCUCUGACCAUCAAGCAGAAUUAAUGGUCAAACAUGGUAUCCCUAUGUUUGAAGAACUAGGUGGCCUAGUAGCUGGAACUGAAGAAUCAAGAGGCAUAAUCUCCGUCGAUAGACCAAAUAGACAAUGGGACUACCCCUUUGGCUGGGCUCCUCAUCAAAUGCUUGCUUGGGUCGGUUUAACAAAAUACGGUUACGCUGAGGUCGCAAGAAGAUUGGUCUACAGAUGGCUUUAUAUUAUGACAAAGUCUUUUGUUGACUAUAAUGGUAUCGUUGUUGAAAAAUAUAACGUUACAACUGGUACUGAUCCUCAUAAAGUUGAUGCUGAAUAUGGUAACCAAGGCGCUGAUUUUAAAGGUGUUGCAACUGAAGGUUUUGGCUGGGUUAACGCUUCUUAUAUCUUUGGUUUGACAUUUUUAGGAAGUCAUGCUCAAAGAGCCUUGGGUACUUGUACUUCUCCCGACGUCUUCUUUUCAAGAUUAUCAGCUUCAAAUAAAUCAAUCAACUAAUUAAUUAACUAAUUAAUUCUCAUGUUUUUUUUGGGUUUUUUUGUUUUGAUUUAUUGAUUCUAAAAUUGUCAAUUGUUCUUUAUUCUAAUGACAUAAUCUCAUGAUUGCUUUACUAUUAUUAUCACUAUCAUCAUCAUCUGCUAUAACAAUACCUCUUAUUACUAUUAUUAAUAUUAUUAUUAUUCAUCAUUGAAAACUUAAUGUUAAAUCAAUUUCCUAUCCAAUAGUUUUGGUUUUAAAUUUUAUCAUUUUUAUUAUUAUCACUACUUUUUGUUUUAUAUUUUGGUUGCCUUACUACAUUAUACUAUAUUAUUAGUUUUAUUAUUCAUAAGAAAUUUUUUUUUAUUUUUUUCUCAUUCUUGAUCUUCUGUUCAAUUUCAAUUUCAAUUCUUUUAGUUUUCUUGCCUCUCUUUUGGGUAAAGUUAAAAGCCUUUUCCGG